AUGGCCUCGAAAAUUGUGGUAGUGGGCGAUGUAAAUGGCCACUUCAGGACAGUCUUCCAGAAGCUGGGAGCACUGCACGCGAAGAACAACUUUGCCUUUGCCAUUAUAGCUGGAAGCCUGUUUGGUGAUGCUGAGGAUGUCAACAGCGUCGACCAAUCGGAUGUGCAGCUAUUGAUCGACGGUAAGAUCGAAGUGCCACUGCCAACCUACUUUGCUCUCACUAGUCGCCCUCUUCCUCCAGCAGUGGUGGAGCAACUCGAAGCUUCAAAUGACGAGCUCUGCUCGAAUCUGUUCUUUCUAGGCAAGCGCAGUGUUACAAAGACUUCUGAAAACAUUCGAAUUGUGGCGUUGGGUGGGCAAUUGGACCCCAACAUCAUUGCAGGUCAUUCCAAGGACAAGUAUCCCCCGUUCUAUGGAGAAACAGAUGCCAAAACACUUCGCGGUGCGACAACAGCCGACAUUCUCAUCACUAAUGAGUGGCCGGAGGAUAUACGCAAGCGCUCCAGGGUAGAGUUCCAGCCAGACUUACAGCCCCAGUCUCAACAAUGCAUCGCCGACCUGGAUGUGUUGUUGAAGCCCAGGUACCACUUCUCUACGUCUGGUGGCGCAUUCUAUGAGCGAGAACCUUUUUUCCACGCUCCGAGUGAUGAGACCGACAAUCUCUACCCCAUCACGCGUUUCAUCAGUAUGGCUGCCUACGGCAAUCCAAACAAGCAGAAAUGGAUUUACGCAUUCUCGAUAGAUCCAUCCGCAAGCCACCCCGCAUCACCACCCGCGGGCGCAACCGCAUGUCCAGUCACUUUGUCAGAGAAAAAGCGACCAGCGCCUGAGCACCGCGAACAGGCAUUAGUAUAUGACGAUGGAACCCGCGGUCGGAGAUCGAACAAGCGACGUAAAGGCGAGAGUCGAGGUCCUCUGUCGGCAUCCGAGUGCUUCUUCUGUUUGGCGAACGAGAAUAUUGCUACGCAUCUAGUCACCUCUAUUGGCGACAACGCGUAUGUGACGACUGCGAAAGGGCCGUUGUCAACAUCACAAACCUUUCCAAAGCUAGGAUUUCCCUGUCACAUGCUCAUCAUCCCCUUCACUCAUCAACCGACUCUGGGCUCUAUGGAAGAGGAGGAACGCCAGGCGACAUAUGGCGAGAUGCAAAAAUAUCGCGUGGCAAUGAAUACCAUGCUCAAAUCUGUCGCCAAUGAAGACUAUGGCUCUGUGACGUGGGAAGUCAGCAAAUCCAGUCUACCACAUACGCAUUGGCAGUAUCUGCCUGUUCCAUCGGACCUUAUCCGGAAGGGACUGGUAGAAGCUGCGUUCAAAGCCUUAGCAGAGAAUAUGCACUGGCCGAAGUUUGAAAAAGAGGACGUUGCAGAUGGUUUCGAGGAAACGAGUGACUUCUUCCGCAUCCUGGUCUGGGACCCGGCAACCGACCCUUCAAAGCAGACGAGCUAUGUUCUGCGCUUCGACGAGACCAUUCGAUUCCAUAGCCAAUUCGGUCGAGAAGUCCUUGCAAAACUCUUGCGGCUCGACCAGAGGAUCGAUUGGCGGGAUUGCGGCCAAACGCAGGCUCAGGAGGAGCAAGACGUGGCAAAGUUCAAAGAAGCCUUCACAGAAUUUGAUUUCGCGUCCGAAUGA